UUAUGAAACAAUAUAUUUCUUUUUUCUUCGAUCAGGAAGGAGAAAACGCUGAAAAUACUCCUGAAAUUUUGGUCGGUUCAAAGUGGACGGGAAUAUGGAUAACAUGGGGUGGUGGUUUCAUUUCCGCUGGUAUCGAGGGAGCAAUGAAACCUUUAGUGAUGCAGGAAUAUAAGAAAAAACAUGGAAUUACAAGCUUGUACCCAGAAACAUUUCUGUAUUAUGGAGUUCGAGGGACGAACGUUUUGUGGAGCACCGCGUUCUGUCACAUUCAUUGCGAGACGCAUACGACUUUCGGCAUUGAUUUUUCGAAAGUUUGGGCCAUGCAAAAAAAUAACGAUACGAUCGAUGUUCGGCUUUUCGUUCGUGCGAGCCAAAAUAUCCAAAUACGUUUGUAUCAAACUCCAUCGAUAGAAUAUCCCUCCGUGACGGUAAUAAUAAGCAAAGACGUUACGACACUAACGUAUCAAGAAUUCGAAGAAUCGUCCAAACAUUAUUUAAAAGAGAUCUCCACCUCAGGCUUGCUCGAUUUUUGGUCAUGGAGGGAGUUCAGCAUCAGCAUUUUUGGCGGACAUUUACGCGUGUAUUCACAUAAGCAGAGAGGUGCUAUCGAAUUAUUGUACAUGAACGAAAUCUUUUUUGCUAGUUUGAGGUGGUUUAGCAUUGGAAGCGAAAAGACAAUAGCGCAAUGGACGCUAUUUUGUUCUCCGGAAGGUAACAUUCCUCGAUUUAAAUCUUCGUGUUACGCGUAUUUAUCGUCAGAUGUGCGUAAAUUAAAUUUCAUAGUAGAAUGCAAUUAUACCGAAGAAAAUAUACUCGAUAAAUGAUUAUACGUCGAUACGAAAGACGAUUAUAGGAAACUUACGUUUAAAUAGAAUCAGAUGCGGUAGAAGAUGCUUGGCCACCAAAUUGUUUGUCCGAUAUAGGAGAUUUUCAAUUCAAAGGUACACAAUGGACAAGCAUUAAAGAAAUUCCAUGUAUUCCAUGGAUAUCGAAAGAAGUAAGAAAUAUACUUAGUAAAAGGUUAUUAAUAUAUCAAACUAAAGAUGUUAAUUAAAAGAUAAAUGAUUUUGACAUGAUUCAGACACUUGAUCUUUCAGACAGUACAUACUUACAUAACGCGUGCAAUCAUAGUAGAUAUGUAAAUCUGUAUUACAGUGAACAACGAUAAUUGUUGCAAUUACUGUAAUAAUUACUGUAAACAUGAAAUUUUUCAUUUUGGUAUAUAAGAUCCCAGCAGAGAACAAAGAUGACAAUAAUUUUAUCGACGGAUCUGCUUUGAAGGCACUUAAUAAAUGUAGAAAUCCCACUCGCGACUCCAAUGGUCCCUAUUGUUACGCAUACGUCCCUUGGGAGAGUGUAACGAUUUCAAAACGAUAUUGCUCCAUUCGAAAAUGUAGAUCGUCAGGUAAUUAAUGAUUCUAUUUAGGUGUUAAUUAAAAUUUCGUCCCGAUAAAUACAAUUUUUGUACUUAAAUACAGUAAAGCUCCGUUCGUCU